UAUUCAACAAUGGAUUUACCACAAUUAGGGUAUGCUAUUAUGUCUAUUGUUGAUGUACUAAUUUAGGUUAAGUAGUCAUUUUCAUAUUUGCUUGUGGCUAGAUUUUGGAUGUCUGAUGUUCCGUCAUAUAGAAGAUGAUGAUUGAACAAUAUUUUUGAAAUGACUGGCAUUACAUGAUUUCAACAUAGAACCACAGGAUUUGUAAGCAAAUUUAAGUUUCAACACUUGCAGAGUUUUGACUCUCUUGCACAUUUUGAGAUUACCACUGAAAUGUGGUUAAGCAUUAACACAUUGAAGUUAACAUUUAGGACAGUUUCAAUUCGAGUCUACUUGACGUAUGAUAUCCGCCAUUAUGACUCAGUCAUGAACAUGUGCAUUUUUUCGGCAACAGACCCAUCCAUGACUGGAUAGCUCUUCAGAGGACACAUGAACGUUUAAUUAUGGAAGCUGGGCAGUUGGCAGAACCCACCAGCACUGAUGAUAUGAUUAACCUGAAUUACCUAUUGGCUGGGGGAAGCUAUGGUGCAUACCAGUUCAGCAAUACUUGUGUUAUAGACUCCAUUUUGGCUGGAAUUCAUGUUCUUGCCAAAAUGUAUCCCCAAAUUCGAGAUUUGUUCACGAGGGAUAACAAAAUCAAUGCGGUUAUACGUUUCCUAGACUUCGCCAAGGUCAAUGAGGCAAAGGCACUGUGGCUUAUUAACUUGAGCCUUCGUAAGGAAAAAAACCUCAUGCAAAAUGAAUUUGUAGAUAUCAGAGGUUAUGUUAGAGACCACUUGUCAAACUUCAUUGAGCUGGUAUGUGCCAGCUUCGACUAUGAUGACUCGCAAUCAAGCUCCACACCAUGUGACACAGUUCUCAACAACAUAUUGAGGAAGUUUGAGGAUUACGGUGAGGUAAAACCCUUAGGCACUUCUCGUCAUGAACCCAAACUCAUCCUGGUAGACAUUGAUGACCGGAUGUGUAUCCUACCUCCCCUCUCCAUCACGGAUGAUUAUGAAAGGACAUACGAGCUCCAGUUCCUGCUGAUGGGACAGAGUACACCCCUGUCCAACCACAUGGUCCUGUUCCUGUGCACUCAACUGACUGGCAGAUGGAUGAUCUAUGACAACAUGAAAACACCCCUGGUCCAGGACAUUGGUGUGAGUGAACUACAGAGAGCUACAGAGAGGGACAAGUAUGUUUCCUAUCUUGCUGCUUAUGUGAAGAAAGAAUAAUAAUAAGGCUGCUUCGGGAGUCAAGGGCAUCCUCUUUAGAUUUUAGUUCUGUAUUUCCGAGAUCCUGUCCCAACUACAACUAUUAGCAUUAUAAAAAAAUCCCCAUAAAAUUCUGUCAAUUUAAGAUAGAGAUGUUUUUUUGCAUUGGAUGCAUCUCAAUCCACCGCAUACGCCAAUGUCACUCUUCUGCAUCGGUGGUAAAAGGUGACGGAGCUUAAGCCAUGUUUGUCAGACCAUGAGACAUCCCGAAAAUCGGUCUUUUCACAAAAUCGUCUGUAGUGUUUGAACAGUUUAGCCUAUAAAACUAUUAUAACCCCUCUAUUGAAAGAUGAGACUCUCGCGAACACAAUGGUAUUUGCUGUUUGGGACACGUCUGAAGUCGGUACAGCCGAUCUGCCAACAUCUGUCUGUAGUGUCCGAACAGUUUGGAGUACACACUAAUGCUUCUCUGUGGAAAGGUGACAUGCCUCACAAGACUCCUCUGAAGGUGUCCCGGUACCAGUUGAAAAAAUGAGUACAAGUACAAUACCGUUCAAAAGUUUGGGGUCACUUAGACAUUUCCAUGUUUUUGAAAGAAACUUUUUGUCCAUU